AUGUUUGUAUCGAUCCCAAAUGCCUACGAGGUAUUUGGCUUCGACAUUCUGAUCGACGCACAACUACGUCCGUGGCUGAUCGAGGUCAAUGCGAAUCCUUCCUUGGCAUGUGAUUGCAUCAUUGAUGAGAUGGUGAAAAAACCGUUGCUGAAAUCUGUGCUCGAAAUGCUCGAAUUGCAUCCUCCCCCACAGCAUCACGACAAGAGCAUGACCUUUUUGGAUAAACGCACCCCAUCGGUGUUUAAAAUGAAAAGCCGGACACUUCCUCACCUCACAUCCAGGUCAGGCGCACAAACGAGAUCGUGUUCCAUACAAGAGAAACAGUGUACUUUACCACUUUAUGGUAGCGGUUCGGAACAUUUGGUUCGCGAACUAUUGAGCUUGGGCAAACGAUUCUCGGAAUUUAUUCAGGCAUACAGUCAAAUUACUCCGACGGUGACUCAGGGUGGCACUACAAUCAAUCAGUCGACGCUGCGGAAAGCAGCACUGGACUUAAUAAGACCUUACGGAGAGCUCUCUGAGACAAAACUAAUUAAAGACAAAUUCUUCGCCGCAACUCCAGCCCCAACACGUUUGGACGAUGACCGGACCGGUAGUAGAAUUAUCCCGCUAAGUUUUGGACAACUCAAACUGGCUUUUCCGUUCAACCUGGUCACACGAAUUGCAUGUGCCAAAGAACGCGGGGCAUAUCCGGAUGUGAAACUGAUUGUGCGAGCAACCAGUCGCAUGAUAACCCACGUGACACGCGUUAGCAAGCAGAGUGAGGCCAAAAUAGAUCCAAAGUUUAUGGAUAUCCCAGCUGUUUGGGGUAUUCAACCGUAA